AUGCCUUUCCUUCCACUUUCAGCUUCUGUACCAAUCGGAUUAGGCUCCUUAUUUUUUCCAAGAGCAACUAAGAGUGUUCGCCGUACAUGGGCUCUUAUUAGCAUUUUUCUAUUAAGCAUAGCUAUGUUUCUUUCUUUCAAUUUGUUCUUGCAACAGAUUACCGACGGUCCCAUCUAUCGAUAUUUCUGGUCCUGGGUUAUCAAUAAUAAGUUUUCAUUAGAGUUGGGCUAUUUGAUUGAUCCAGUUACUUCCAUUAUGUUAGUUUUAGUCACAAUAGUUGGAACCAUGGUUAUGAUCUAUAGUGAUAAUUAUAUGUCUCAUGAUAAAACAUAUGUGAGGUUUUUUGCUUACCUUAAUUUUAUUAAUGCUUCUAUGCUGGGGCUAGUUAUUAGCCCUAAAUUAUUACAAAUAUAUAUAUUUUGGGAAUUAGUAGGAAUGUGUUCCUAUUUAUUGAUAGGUUUUUGGUUUAUGCGUCCCAGUGCGGCUAAUGCUUGUCAAAAAGCAUUUAUAACUAACUGUGCAGGGGAUUUUGGACUCUUAUUAGGAAUCCUAGGUUUUUAUUGGGUAACAGGUAGUUUCGAAUUUCAAUAUUUGUCUAAAAAAUUAAAUGAAUUAACUGCAAUUGAUGGGGUUGGUUUGUUUUUUGUUACUUCGUGUUCUUUUCUCUUAUUUUUAGGUCCAGUAGCCAAAUCUGCACAAUUCCCACUUCAUGUAUGGUUACCUGAUGCUAUGGAAGGGCCUACUCCUAUUUCGGCUCUUAUACAUGCCGCUACUAUGGUAGCAGCAGGAAUUUUUCUUGUAGCUCGAUUGUUUCCUCUUUUUAAAGCUCUACCUUUAAUAAUGUAUCUUAUCUCUUGGAUAGGGGGAAUAAUAGCUCUAUUGGGAGCUACUAUGGCUCUCGCCCAAAAAGAUCUUAAAAGAGGCUUGGCUUAUUCUACUAUGUCUUAA